AUGAUUUAAAGUAAUACAUAUUAGCAAUUUGAGGCAUAAAUGUAGUCUUCUUAAGGAUUUAAAAAUGAAAAACCUAUGUAAUCAUUUUUAUAUUCAUCUUCAUAGGAAUGAAUAAAUUGAAGAAUUGAUGGAUCACUUAGAUCAUGAACAUGAUAGUGAAGAUGAGGGUAUGGAAGAUUACAAAAUAGGAGGUGAUAUAUAGUAAGUAUUAUUUAGGAUAUCAUCCAGUUCAUGUAGGAGAAGUCUUACUAAAUCGAUAUGUGGUUAUAUAAAAGUUAGGAUGGGGUCACUUUUCUACUGUGUGGUUAGCUAAGGAUUUUAAAUAUGAUACUUAUGUGGCUUUAAAAAUUUAAAAGAGUGCAUCUCAUUAUUUAGAAGCUGCAUAUGAUGAAGUAAAAGAAACUAUUCAAUAUUUUUAGGUUGAAAUUCUGUAAAAAGUUGCUUAGAAUGUAUAGAAUCCAGUUUGGAUUUAAUCACUGAAGGAAUAUUAUGCAGAUGUAUUAGUUUAUUUGAUAUUUAUUAACAGUAAGGAAGAACUUCAUUUAACAGAGAUGAUACACACACUGUUUAAUUAUUGAAUUCUUUUGUAUACAAAGGACCUUAUGGUCAUCAUUUUUGUAUGGUAUUUGAGAUAUUGGGAGUCAAUCUAUUAGAAGUUAUAAAAAGAUUUGAAUAUAAAGGAGUAAUAUAAUAAAAUAUCAUGGUUAGUGUCCUAUGGAUAUUGCUAGAAGAAUGGCUAAAUAGAUUUUAAUUGGAUUAGAUUAUUUACAUAGAAUUUGUGGUGUCAUCCAUACAGAUUUAAAACCUGAGAAUGUUCUAUUAUGUUUGUCUGAUGAAGAGAUUAAAGAUAUAGUAGAAAAUGGAUAAUUGACAUCAAAUUAACUAUUUUCAGAUAGAAUUCAUAUCUAUAGAUAAAUGUUAGGAAUAGUAGAAGAAAAACCAGUAGUUGAUGACAAAAAGACUGUUUAGAAAUAAGAGGAAGAUGAUUUAGAUACUUAAUCUACAAAUUUAACAAAGACUUAAAAAAGAAAAUUAUUAAGAAAGAAAAAAUAAUAAUAAUAAUAACAAUAAUAAUAAAAUGAAUUUAUUAAUGUAGAAAAUGAAUAAACAGAACCAGAAAAGCCUAAAUCAAUAAAAGAAUUGUUUUAAUAGCAAAAAAAGUAUUGAUUUAAUUAAAUCAUAGGAUUUCAUUUACUUAACAAAAGAAAUUGCCAGACAAUUUUCGUUUGAAAAUAGCUGAUCUUGGCAAUGCUUGUUGGAUACAUCAUCAUUUUUCAACAUUAAUAUAGACAAGAUAGUAUAGAUCUCCUGAAGUUUUGUUGGGAAUUAAAUAUAAUCCUACUGCAGACAUCUGGAGUUUUGCUUGCAUGAUAUUUGAAAUGCUUACAGGAGAUUAUUUAUUUGAACCUAGACAAGGUCCAAACUUUUCAAAAAAUGAAGAUCAUUUAGCUUAAAUACAAGAGCUGUUAGGUAAAUUCCCUUAUGAAUAUUGUACUAGAGGUGCAAAAGCUAAAGUAAUUUUAAUAAAUGAUUAUUAUUUUAGAGGUAUUUUAUGAACAAUGGAUAAAUGAAACGAAUUCCAUAAUUGCACUUUUGGAGUUUAUUCAAUGUUUUAACAGAGAAAUAUAGAUUCAAAUAAGAAGAAGCUUUAUCAUUUGCUUCAUUUAUGAUGCCUAUGUUACAUUAAUUACCAGAAUAUAGAACUACUGCUUAAGAAGUGCUGAAGAGAGAAUUAUGUUCCAAUAAUUUAGAUGAUCUCCAAAGAAGAGCUUAGUUGAAGAAAUAUAUAGAUCAAAUAUUUGCAUAUUAGAAUUUCCGAAAUAAUAUUCCAAAUUCUGGUUGGUUAUAGGCCAACACAGAUUCAUAAAUUGGACAUAAGAUGAAUGAUGAGGAAUUUUAAAAAUACAACAAAUAAAAGAAAGCAAAUGAAGAAGUAGAACAAUUUGAUUAGAAUAUUGAAGGAAUUUAACCAACCUUAUUGUCAAAUUAUAGAAGAGUAUAAAGAAUAAUUUAUUGAUUAGGCAUCAACUAGGUCUUAUGAUGGAUCGAUUUCGUAAACUCCAUAACAAGACAAAGUGAUUAGAAAGGAGGGAAAAUAUGUGGAUCAUAGAGUGAUUGAUAGAUCAUUUACAGAUUUAGGAUAUAUAGGUUAUGGAGAUGGAAUAGAUUUAGAAUAAUUAGACAGUACAGGAAAUUGGUAGUUUAGUUGAAU